CCAGAAUUCAACGGCCAUCAUGGGUUGACUGAACCGGACGAACCUGUAUUUCGCGACAAGAUUUGGCCAAGAUCUUGAGAUUUGCCUCGGUUAUAUACUUCCAUUCAUUUCAAACGUUCUUUUUCCCUUUUCCCCCAUGAAUUCAAGUGCAGUUUCUCCUGCUGUCAAGGACGUCGAGGCUCUCCUUCUGAAGGAACGUAGCUGCAGACGCAGACCAGGCGACGUGCCAUACCCUCUUGACUACAACAUGGAAAUGCUGAACUUCGAUAUAUGGGACCAUAUGUUUUUCGUUAGUUGCUGCAGAAGAAGCAUAUCUAUGCAUCAAUUUGACAGACCUCCUGCUCUCGUACUUGACUUGGGGUGUGGGAGCGGUUAUUGGGCGAUAGAAGCUGCCAAGCAGUGGCCAUCUAGCACGAUCAUUGGGUUCGACCUGAAAGAAAUCCAACCGAGGCUUUACGAGAUAGACAGUCACAGAGAUUUGGCUCGUCGUGUCAAGUGGCUACAUGGCAAUCUACUUGACGGGCUACCUUUUCCACCCGACCAUUUUGAUUUCGUACGAGUGGCGCGCAUUGGCCUGGGAGUACCCGAGGACGAGUGGCAGUAUGUCUUGGAGGAAAUCUCACGUGUAAUGAAGCCCGGCGCUCCGAUAGAACUGUUGGAGGAAGAUUUGAUUUUUCCUUGCUCCCAACCUGUUCGCCCUCGAACGCAACCUGGCAUCUCCAUAAACACGAAUCUUCCGGAUAUCUACUCGGCCCGUUCCUCGACUACAAUGUCCGCGAGUCCCUGGCACUAUAGUUCCGACGAAGGCACCGAGCCUAACCUGAGCUUGAAGCCGAAAUCAAUUCUUCAGACCCUCAAGGAGCAUCCAAGUUCCAUGCCGCAUACACCAUAUUUUUCACGAACUCCCGACCAUACAAGCAUGUCCGACACGUUGUCAACCCUUGUGAACACAUCCGAGCCGAGUCCGGACCCUUACUAUGACCUGGCCGGCCACCCUCAAGAUCACUCCAAGCUUAAGGCAGCUUGGGAAGCGAUGCUCUCGAGGCGAUUUUUAGCACCGCAGCUCCUUUCGGUUCUUCCAUUUUACCUUUCGUCUUGCUUUACGGACGUUCAAACGCAUCCCACGCAUUCCAUCGACCUCCCUCCCAAUUCCCGAUCAUCCUCACAUGGCACCGGUGGAGCAAGCAAUGGCCACUGGAUUGAGUUGGGUUCACAAUUCAUCCUGAAGUCUACCAAAAACGCCCGGCGAUCCAACGAAACGGAUAAUAUCUCGUUACGAUCAAGUGUCGCGUCCCAUGACUCAGUACCUUCAUGGGCAGUCAUGCACCUUGCUAAAACUGUGCAGACCAUUAUGGCAUGCAAGGAAGCCAUCUGGAGCGAAUACAAACAUCUCCAGCUUGCUCCCGAACUACCUCCCGUCGUGCGGACUCCGAAAGCUUUCCGUACAACUCAGCAAGCAUCCGUCAGGGAAGAUUUUGAUAGUGCAUGGGCGAAUUGGCAAAACGAUAUGAUGGAUCGUAUUGGCAUGCGUGACUGUCUUUCCGUCGAACUAUCAUGGCCAGAACCUGCCGGAGAACGGCCUGAUUGGCGGAUCUGGAGAGACAAUGUCGACAUCAAGCCUGCGGCGGAAAGAAAUAAUGCUUCUAAAGCCUUAUCAAGUCCUGACUUGUGCAGGGCAUUGAAAGGCUUUGUGGCAUGGAAACCCCGAUAGAAUCGACAUUGGCCUGAUGCGGUGGCCCGGGCCUCCUUUGAUAUUUCUCUUGUGCCUCCAUUUUCGACAUCAUCGACACAUUGCUAUCUAUAUUUCAUUGGCUAUAAUGUAUCAAUCUGUGGACGGAUUUACGGAUUCAGCUCGUAAGUACAUGCUUUUGUUCACUGUAAUACCCUAAGACUAGGCCGCCUGUUCGUGUCUUGCGUAGAACUGUAAUAUUGCCAACACCAUUUACUCAGGAUUUUUUGCAUACAAAAAGUAGAUGUCAUUUAUUUACUGUAUACACAAUUCUUUGCCUUUCUUC